UUGAAAUAAUCUUUAUAAUAACAAUAUAUAUAAUGGAGCUAGCAAAUGUGAAACUGUGCUGAAACUGCAUGCUGUUCCUCUAGCUUGAAGAUAUAAUUAAUAUAACAAUGGCGGCUUCUAGAAGAUGGUUUACCCUAGUUGCAGUUUUUCUAAUUGGGAUUUUUGCUUCUUCUUAUGCAGAGAAAGGUCUGUCUCUCUAAUUACUUCCUUCUUUAUUCCCACACCUACCUAUGGUGUCUGUGUUUUUUCGUGAAAACCUAUGCACUGUAUUUAUAUAUAAUGAAUUUCUUGAUGUGCCAGCUCCGUACACAUCUUUCGCAAGGAAUGCCACGUCAGCUCCGGCGGCAGAGUACUACGACUACAUAAUCGUCGGCGGCGGGACCGCCGGCUGCGCGCUGGCGGCGACCCUCUCCGCCUCCGCAAAAGUACUGCUCCUGGAGAGGGGCGGCGUGCCCUACGGCAACCCCAACGUGACCCGCAUUAAUAAUUUCGGGAAGCUACUGGCGGACACGUCAUCGCCGAGCUCGCCCACCCAGCAGUUCGUCUCGACGGACGGCGUCUUCAACCACCGCGGCCGCGUCCUGGGGGGCAGCUCCGCCAUCAACGCCGGGUUCUACAGCCGCGCCAGCAGGCGUGACGUGGCGGAUGCGGGUUGGGAUCCGCGGCUGGUGAACGCCUCCUACGAGUGGGUGGAGGCGAAGGUGGCGUUCCGGCCGCGGGUGCGGAGGUGGCAAGCGGCGGUGAGAGACGGGUUGCUGGCCGCCGGGGUGUCGCCAUACAGAGGAUUCACGUACGAACAUUUGCAGGGCACCAAAAUCGGUGGGUCCACUUUCGACCAGAGCGGCUACCGGCACACCGCCGCCGAUUUACUGGAGUACGCCGACCCCACCAAGAUCACCGUUUAUCUAUACGCCACCGUGCACCAAAUCUUGUUUAGAACAACUCCAACUCCUCCGGGGAAAAAACCAAAGGCUUAUGGGGUUUUGUUCAGAGACUCAAAGGGGAUUAGCCACGUGGCGUAUUUGAAUAGUGGGCCCACAGGCACAAAUGAGAUAAUCAUUUGUGCAGGUGUGCUUGGCAGCCCACAACUGCUUAUGCUAAGUGGUAUUGGGCCGGGGCAUCAACUUAGGGACAAGGGCAUAACAGUAAUCUUGGACCAGCCAAUGGUGGGCCAGGGCAUGUCAGAUAACCCAAUGAACGGAAUCUUAAUUCCUUCACGUAGGCCCGUCGGAGUUUCCCUGAUUGAGGUAGUUGGCACAACUAACUUUGGCAGUUACAUUGAAGCAGCCAGCCGAAUCUCGUUCCAGACGAUGACUCCUUCGAUGGCUCAAGCUCAACACUUAGCCAAUCAGGAAGGUUCCGACCCGUAUCGGAAUCGGACCAUCGGAAACGUGAUUAUAUUGGAAAAGGUAACGGGCCCAUUCUCGAAGGGGUACUUGGAGCUCCAGAGCAACGACCCGAACGACAAUCCGAGAGUCACAUUCAACUACUUCAAAGACCCGAGAGACCUACGAAGGUGCGUCAAAGGCAUGAAAAUUGUUAAGAGAGUAAUCGAGUCAAGGCCCGUUUCUGCAUUCCGAUAUCCAUUCUCCACGUUCCAAUCACUUGUCAACUUAACGCUGUCAAUUCCCACCAACCAGAGGAGACGACACGUGUCGGCAUCCCAUUCGAUGAGGCAGUUCUGUGUGGACACUGUGAUGACCAUAUGGCAUUACCACGGUGGAUGCCUGGUGGAUAGAGUUGUCGAUCGGGAUUAUAGGGUUAUUGGUGUUGAUAAAUUGCGUGUGAUUGAUGGAUCCACGUUUAAGUACUCGCCUGGAACUAAUCCUCAGGCCACGGUUAUGAUGCUCGGGAGGUAUAUGGGACAGAGAAUUCUGCGGGAGCGAAUUCCACAGUAAGCAAACGGGAUAUAAUAGGUAUCGAUUAAAUCCGAUAAAUGUUUGUCUACUGUGUAUUUAAUUAGACUCAUGAAGCAAUAUUAGAUUGAAGUUUUCGUAUCCGAACAACUGAUGAUGUUAUUGAAAUUAGUACUAUUUGAACUGCUCAUCAGGUAAAACAAGAAAAUAUAUUUUCCUAAUUAAUCAACCAACGAAUUCUCGGAUUCGUAUAUUUCUAACUUAAUAGUAGUGCGUGCAUUAUCCGAAAAUAAGGAAAUAACACGACGAAAAAUAGUUACAUACCAUGACAUGCAGUGGGAUGGACUUCCAAUCUCCGAAAAGGCAACGAAAUAAAUCCAACGGCAUAAAAUCGAUAAUCACGAAGGAUAUGCCAGUUUGAUGCAUCUGACAACGUUCGUUUCUUUUGGCGAACAGCAUCUCCUUUCUACUGCUUUUCUCCGCAUUAUUAUUAUUUUUUCGUAAAAAAAAAAUAAGUUAAUGGAGCAGGACAGGAGAAAGAAUCUAGUGUGCUCGUAAAGGAGCUAUCGAGACAGGGAUAUUUGAAGGAUAAACAUGUAAUGACCGUGAAAAAGAACCUCCAAAUAGGAUAUCCAUAGCAUAAAUCUCUAGCAUAUGCUAUUUCCUCCAUUGGUUUAUUCCGUCUCUGCAAAAUCAAGAUAAGACUUAUAUAUAAGUCAAACAACAACACUAGGGUUCAGACAAGAUUACGAGGAAGAAGGAAAGGGUUUAUGUAAGCAAACCAUUCGUAGGGCUUCUCUUAAUUGGCAUGCAAUGAUUUUUUUUUUAUAUUUACGAUUUUUUGAAUUCUCAUAACAUGCCAAAGGAGAGUUGCCCUGUGAGUGAUUCAGCUUAACAUGUAUUAAUGCCGUUUCUUACACUGUGCUACCAGAAAUAUGAAAGAACUUGUCGUCCAGGAAAGCUUUACUAUCUUACUGCAUUGCUUCUGUUU